AUGGAAAAUUCAAAUUUGAUAGAAAAAGUAAUUACUACAACUACAGUUACGCCCACUUCAGGUAUAACAAUUAGUCCAAAAGAAAAUACAAAUAAUGAUACGAUACAUUAUUACAAUCCCAUUGAUGAGGCUCGAGAAGAUGAUCACGAGAUAAGAAAUAGCCUCUUAUCGGAGUCCACAUCAACAACAUUAGCUUCAAAGGAUACAAGUGCAACUAGUGUGAUAUCUGGUGCUAUUACAACUAAUUUAGAUACCUCUACUGAAUUUGAUAAAAGGACAGAACAAAUUAAAAUUGACUCGGAAAAGGAUGUUGAGACAAAGGAUACUUCAAGGAAAAGACACGAUAGUGACACAAUGUGUAGUAACUGUACUACUAAGAAGACACCGCUUUGGAGAAGAGACUUUGAGAGUAAUAUUUUAUGUAAUGCCUGUGGAUUAUUUUUAAAAUUACAUGGGACUUCUAGACCAAUUAAAUUGAAAAGUGAUAUUAUUAAGACAAGAAAUAGAAAAGGCCAUAGUUUAACAAAUUUUACUUUACGAAAUUCUUUGGAUUCAAAUUAUAUUACAAAUGUAACAAAUUCAAAUACUUUUAGAAUUAACAAACCUCAAAUAAGAAUAAAUAGAGAUCUUCCGUUAAUUACAACACCUGCAAUCAUAAAUUUCAAAAAAAUAAGAAGUAUGUCAGAUCCCACAACAAAAGAACCAUUAUAUAAAGGUGAAACAUAUUCAAAUAUUAUUGAUGCAACAAAAUUUAUGAAACCGCUGCUGAAACCAAAAACAUCUUUAAAAAGUAGUGUUAAUACUUCUCCAGAAAGUGGGAUUUCAAAGAUUUCUUCAAAUCAUAAUAAAAAAAUGAUUGUAUUAAAUGAGGAAUUUGUCUUUGAAGAAAAUCCCUCUGUGAUGUCAUUAGGGCAGGAAAAUAGUAGAAAAAUGAGCAUUGACUCCAAUGAUUCAGAUGUAGAACGACUAGAUUCUAAAUAUAAUUAUUCGGAUUCGGAAAUUAAUCAAUUACUUACAAGUCAUGAAGAAAUGAUAAAGCUUAAAAUUAGAAUUAAAGAAUUAGAACUUAUUACUGAUCUGUAUAAAGGGUAUAUUAAACGGUUAAAUGGUAAAUGUAAUACAUUGGAAUAUAGGUUAAAAUCUAGGGACAAUGUUACAACAUAA